AAACACUGGUUAUCCUAAUGAAUGUGUUAAUACAUUAAUGUGUACUUUAUAUUUAAUUAAAACAAAUUUCCUCUAAUAAUUUACUAAAUUGACUACUUUUGCACUUUUAAGCCAUAACUUGACGGCGGAUCCGACGCUCCUAUCAAAGACUGGGUUUUAAUUUUUGCGUUAAAUUAAUUAUUUGGGAUAAAAAUUCGCUCAUAAAGAGUGUGAGAGAAGUAAUAGUAGUGAUAGUGGUAUAGAAGAAGACGGAUAGGAAGGAUAGGCAAUGAAGUCCAAGAGUUUAUCUAAUCUGCGAACAGCACUCCGUAAUGACAAUACAUUUGAAUCGGUUUCCAUUUGGAGGGAACAGAAAUCGUUAAUUCAGCAAAGUUUAAAUUUUCUGCGCAAACGUAAGAUCGAGAGCGAAGGGAAUGGGAAGACCGGAGACGACCAGUCCAUCAAUGGUAACGAAUCGACGGAUUCCUCUUCAAUAUACGACGAUAUCAUACAAUCGGACGGCAAAUCCAAACGAUUGAAAAAUUUGUCUUCAAAUGUGACCCGAAAACGGAAGAGCGCUGUGAGCGCCAGAGAGCGGAACUUAAGACGUUUGGAGAGCAAUGAGAGAGAAAGGAUGCGAAUGCAUAGUCUGAACGACGCCUUCCAAGGGCUCCGAGAAGUGAUACCACACGUGAGACUCGAGAGGAAACUGUCCAAAAUUGAGACCUUAACGCUGGCCAAGAACUACAUCAUGGCGUUGACUAAUGUGGUCUGCAGUCAUCGCGGAGAGACCUCUCCCUACGAGACCAACGCAUGUGUCGCCUCAUCCGCUUCCGGCGGCACCUCUUCUGACGACGGCGUCAGCAAUGAUGACAGCAUUACCAACAAUGACAACGACAACGAAGGUUAGCACCAAAACAGCUGCCAAUACUUUCUAUCAAUUCAUAUG